AAUAUAGCAAUGUGCAGUCAGAACUCGAUAUAACGAAGUCGUUAUUUCAAAUAUUCGAUAAAACAAAUAAUUUUAUUAUACCGAACUAAUAUAUUUUUAUUAAUUUUGGCCAAUUCCAAAGAUCGGCGGAUAUGAACAUUUUUCAUAUCAGAUAUGUAUUUACAGUUCAAUGUUUUGUUAUCGGAGUCAGCCUAUUUUUAAAACCGAUCACGUCAUUAUUGUCGGGAUCAAGAAUAAAUAUUUUGCAUAAAUGAUUAUUAUUUGUUAUUGUUACCUAAUUCAUGUUACAAUCACUUCAGAGUUCAGAAUUAGCUGAGCUCGGAAUUAACUGUCCACAAUUUAUCAGACGAUUUUUGAUGGAGCAAUUGUGGAACAUACAAAUUAUAUAAAAGAUUUUUAAAAUUACUUUUAUUUUCAACUUUAAAAAAAUGGAUAUUUCCUAUAUCUUAAUUUUCUUCCCUAGCAUUGUAAUUGCUCAAAGCGACAAAGAACAAAAUAAUGAUGAUGCUUUUAUUGAUAAUUUAUUCUUUACAAUUUUGCCAAUUAUUAUUUCGAUAAUUGCAUUUACCGACAAAGAAAAUGACCAUAUUCAUUAUGGAUACUGGGUCAAUCUUUUCCACACUGUCGUUUCUUCUCACCUUUUACCAUUGGUAUUAUCUAUCAUCAAUGAAUUCGCUACAGAAGAUGCACCAAGAGCGAUUAGUUGGUUUACCAUCUAUAUGAUUAUUUGCAUAAUUAUAAAAAUUAUUUCACGUUUUUUUCACUAUUCCGUCAACAAAUCACGUAACCCGGAAGUUUCUUUACUUAAUAUACACUCGUUUGAAAAUUUGGUGGGAGUAAAACGAUAUCUUUUCAUAUUUUUUGAUUUCUUUUAUCCCCUAAUUUAUCAAGUACUUAUCCAUGUUUUAGUAAUGAUAGGCUAUUUUUUAUAUAUCGAUUUUUUACAUUUCCAUCUAUCCUUUCAAGCAAUAUUCAUUCGAAUUUUAAUAUUCCUAAUGACCAUCGCAAUUUUCAUUUUUUAUUUUAUAGUAUCAAAUUUCUACUAUGCAUAUUAUAUUUCAACCUCGUUUUUGUUCCUUUCUUUCAUUGGUUUGGUCAUGACCAAAAAUUCAUUAGCCAUAAAAAUUGUCUUCAUAUGCAUGCUAGUCUUUUUGACUCAAUCGGCUAACUUUAUUAAAAAGGUUCGCAAGGGUAAAGAUGGAGGUUUACUCUGGAUAAUGGAUCAUAUACAAUGGUUUAUAGUACAAUUAAUAUAUUGCAAUAUCCUCAUAAAAUGUGAUGAGAAUAAGCUGAAUUUGUGUGAUGAUUGUAAAAGACUACGUGGAGAUUGCGAGAAUCCAAGUCCAUGCAAAAUACUAUGUUGCAAUUGCACAAAUCCAUGCAAAGGAUUUCAAUUGUGCGAUGAUUGCAAAAGAAAAAUAGGUAAAGCACCACAGUGGGUUGUGAAGCGCAUACAUUGUUAUAUAAGCCUCAGGGCUGAUCUUAAUCAUUUGAAAGAUGGUAAGAUCGCAAUAUCUUCACAUCCUUUUGAAGCUAAUUGAGAUGAUCGUUCUUAUACUUCAAAGACUAUAUGUGGUUAGGCGGAAAAAAUAUAUGUAAUAUUGCAGAAUUUAUAAUAAAAUCAGUAUAUAGUAAUAAAAUUAAGAAAAUUGCUAAUUAUAACCGCAGGUGAUAUCACCUCCAGUAUGGUCACAUGAUUGAAUUAUUAUUGAU